AAAAUUUUUUUUUUUGUAUUUCAUUUAUUUAUAUAUAUAUAAUUUUCCGAACUUUCUAAUUUAUUUUCUUUUUUUUUUCAUUUUCCACUUUUUUUACCCAAAUAAAAAAAAUUUUUUUUAAAUAAAACAUUUGCUAGAAGUUUUGCUGUCAAGAUACUUGACAAGUCCUUAAUUUCAUCCGUUUAUUCUUUUAAAAAAACACACUUAUCUUUCCUCGAAAGAAUUAUAUAGAAAAAUUUUAUUUGAUAUCGUAACCCGCAUUUCUUUUUUGUUGUUGCGUAAUAAAAUUACGACAUAAUGGAACAAUUUUGGUCAGAAUUAGAUGAAAUACUUAAACAAGGUGAAAACAAUCAGGAUUCAGCAUUGAAUUCCAUUAAUGUAUACAUAAAAUUUGUAUCUGAUUUUAAAGAUAAAUAUCCUGAAUGUGAAACGGAAUUUAUGCAUUGUUGUUACAAAUUGCUUGUUUCAUCCAUAUAUCAAAAUUUUUCUGAUAGGAUUAUUGAACAUGUUAUACAACAUGCAGCAAAAAAAACUGAUGUUAAAGAACUAUGCGUAUUGUAUAACAUCCUAUUUCUUGCCGGAAGGGAGAAUAAAUGUAUUUUUAAACGAAUGGUAAACGAACAAGAACGAAAUUUUGUAUCGAAAUUAAAAGAUCAUAUUGAAAGUAAAGAUGGCGGUAAAUUGCAGCAAAUUUCAAUAAAGUUGCUUUUCGAAAUUUGUCGCGUCCAACGAUUAUCUUCUGACGAAUUGGAUUUAAUAGACGAGUUGUUUUUGAAUCAUCUUCUUGAUUUGGUUGAAAAAACAAGAGAUGAUGAAGACGAAACAUUUAAUUAUUCAGUCAUUUGUUUGAUCUUAUCAUUUAAUGAGCAAUUUAUGUUGGCUGCCAUGUCGCAAGAAGAGGAAGAGUGUGAUGAUUGGAAUCCUAAUACUGUCUUACGAGUAUUAGGAGAGAGAAUUGGUAGUAGCAAAACUUUUAGCGAAAAUGUGAUAUUUAUGUUGAAUCGCACAGUUGAUCAUAAUAUACAAAUGCUUAUAUUAAAACUAUUAUAUGAAAUAUUUACCACGCCUGAAACGUACGAAUAUUUUUACACGAAUGAUUUACGGGUUCUUAUAGAUGUAUUUAUUAGAGAACUUUAUGAUUUACCCGAAGAGAGUGAAGCACUUCGUCAUACAUAUCUACGGGUACUUUACCCAUUAAUUAUAAAUACACAGUUGAGUCAACAUCGAUACAAACAACAUCAGAUUUAUAGUUUACUUUUAGAUUUAAUUGGAACUUCAAUGAAACAACAAUUCAAACCUAUAUCACCAACAACAAAAAGAUUAGUAGAUAGAUGUUUGAUGACGGAAUAUUUGAAUGAUAUAGCUCCUCCUCGUAAAUGUGGUAAUGAGAUAAAAAGAACACCAACUCCAAAUGCUCUUGUUAUGAGAAUGGAUACUGCAAAAGAUACAAAUUCUUCAAAUGGAAAUGGAUUUACUGUUGAAGUCGUAAUUGAUGGUGUUAAAUCAAUGUGACAAAAAACUUAAAAUCACCUAUUUUUCGGAUUAAAUUGCUAAAAGAACAUUUAAAUGGAAUCAUGUACUGGACUCUUUAAAAAAACAUAUAUGAAUAUAGAGAGUUAUAUAAUCUAUUAUAGACAUUUGAAAAAAAAUGUUUACAUUAUUAAUUAAAUACAAUUAAUCAUUCGCUUGUUUUGAGUAAUAUACUCUUUUCUUUCUUUAGAUAUUGUAUAAUAUAUCCGAUAAUUUUUUUUUUUAGAAUUUUAUAUAAUUAUUAUUUUACUUUUACUAAUUUAAUAUCUAAUCGUGUAGUCGGGGACAUAAUGAUAGCCAGCAGCGAACUUAAUAGUAAAAGAAUUAUUUAUUAGUGCAUAAGUAUGAAUAUUAAAAAUAAAAAGAAUAAUUUUAUUAAUA